ACCAAAGGCAAAUAUGAAUUUACAAUGACUGAAUAUGACUCCUACUCAAAUUAUGAAAGCAGUGUCCUGAAGGCAAAAGCUUCACAGUCUGGCUUCGGCUUUGGUAUAAAAAUACCAGGAGUGUUUGAACUCGGUUACAAUUCAAAUGACAACAGGUUCAAGAAGUUCAUUCAGAGGAUGAAAAGAUUUUCUUCAACUUCCAGCAAAUUCCUCCAUGCCCAUUCUGAGCUGACUGUUGCCGUUUAUAAGCUGAAACCCCGAGCCCUGAUGCUGCAUUACGAGUUCCUGCAGAGGCUCCGUCAGCUCCCGGCAGAGUACAGCUACGGCGAGUACAGAGAGCUCUACAGAGACUACGGCACCCAUUACAUCACCGAGGCUACUGUUGGCGGCAUCUAUGAGUACACUUUAGUCGUGAACAGCAACGAGCUGCAAAAGGCAGGUUAUUCUCUGAGCGAUGUCCAGAAAUGUGCACAGUAUGGCUUUAACAUUGGUGCAAAUAUUUUUUGGGUCUAUGUGAAUCCUAGAAUAACUGAAGCCAGUUGUAAAUCCCUUUUAAAAGAGAUUGGAGACAGCACCACCAAAAAGCGAUACGUGGAAGAUUUCAUCGUCCUUGUUCGUGGCGGAGCGAGCGAGCACGUUGCCACCUUGGCUUACAGAGACCUGCCAACGGCUGCGCUCAUGCAGGAGUGGGGAGAUGCUGUCCAGUACAACCCCGAAAUCAUAAAGAUAAAGGCAGAGCCCCUGUCUCAGCUGGUGACUCCAACCGACUUCACCAACGCAGUCACAAUAAAAGAAAAUCUCCGACGGGCUCUUGAGGAGUUUCAGCUGGAGACCAGUUCCUGUCGCUGCGCUCCGUGCCACGGCAACGGCAUCCCCUUUCUGCAAGGAACCAAAUGUGAAUGCAUGUGUCCCCUUGGCUACAGUGGCACUGCCUGCGAGAUCAGCAAGCGGAGAGAUGCUGCUAUUAAUGGAAACUGGGGUUGCUGGGCCAGCUGGUCUCCGUGUUCGGGAGGUCAACGAGCAAGGAGGCGACAGUGCAACAACCCUGCCCUGCAGGACGGCGGUUCAUCAUGCUCAGGGCCAGAUGCUGAGACAGUUGCUUGCUAG